AAAUGUGGUAUUAAGUGCAAUAAAUUAUUAUCUUAAUUUGUUAAUUACGUUGAAAUUAGAUAUUGUAUUUUCGUAUAUAAGGGAAAUGCCAAAUUAUCAUAUCAUAGUUUGUUGACCAACUAAGCAAACAGAACAGCAAAUAUUAUUAUGAGAACCCUGCUGAUUAUCGCCUCCGUGGCGGCCCUGGCCGUAGCGGGCCCCACACGCUCCUUCGUCCAGCCCGGCCCCGCUGGACCCGAGCCAGUGUUGAUUGAGUCUAUCGGCAUUGGCCCUGCUGGACCCGAACCCGUCCUCCUACCGAUGCCGGGCAUCGGUGCUGCCGGACCUGAACCAGUCAUCCCACCGAGUAUUGGUAUCGGUGGUUCCGGAGCCGAAGAUGUCAUCCACCCCAUCGUUGAUAUUGGUGCUGCUGGACCCGAACCCAUUAUCCCUCCAUCCAUUGGCAUCGGCCCCGCCGGUCCCGAGCCCGUGGUCUCAUCCCCCAUCGCUGUUGGACCCGCCAUCUUGGAGUCCUUCGAACCCUCUCCCAUCGCCGUGGGACCCGCUAUUGUUGUCGAGAGCGCGGCUCCCGCCCCCGUGGUUAACGUUCCCGCUCAAGCGUCUCAUUUGGUCCAGAUCAUCAUCAACGUGAACGGUGGUAAUGUUGCCGCCGCUGAGCCUGCCCCCGGACCCGUUAACAUCGUUGACGUAAACCCCAGCCUUCCUGAGCCGAUCGUCAUGCCUAGUCCUUCCCUUCCUGAAGUUGUUGUCCCCGAGCCCGUGGUCUUGCCUAGCCCCAGCCUUCCUGAGGCCGUGGUUCCUGAGCCCGUGGUCUUGCCUAGCCCCAGCCUUCCUGAGGCCGUGGUCCCCGAGCCCGUGGUCCUGCCUAGCCCCAGCCUCCCGGAGAUUGUGGUCCCUGAGCCCGUGAUCCUGCCUAGCCCCAGCCUUCCUGAGGUCGCAGUCCCCGAGCCAGUGGUCCUGCCUAGCCCCAGCAUUCCAGAGGUAGUGGUCCCCGAACCCGUGGUCCUGCCCGAGGAGCUGAACUGAGCGAUAUAGGGUUGCUGUUAGGAACUGCGAACAAAUUAAUCCACUGUUCAUAUUGUAACUUACAUAUUAAGAUAAUAUAAUCAGUUCCGCGAAAA